AACAGCAACGAUGAUGACAAAUGUUGGAAAUGAUAAUACAAUAAUGAUGAAUAAUAAUAAUACACCAUAUCCAAGUCCAAAUGAAUUAAUACAUGCUAUAUUAAAUGGAAAUAUUUGUAAAGGUUUUCCUGAACCGCCAUCAAAAUUAGUAAAAUUAUUUAUUAGUUCAACACGUACAGAUUUUGAAAUUGAACGACAACAUUUACAUGAAAUUGUUUUACCAAAAUUAGAACGUUAUUGUAAUAGUUUAUCAUUAGAUUUAUUAGCUAUUGAUCCACAUUGGCAAUUACAACCACCACCACCAAUUUUAGAAUCUUGUUCAAUAAAACAACAGAAUUCCUGUAAUAAUGAUAAUAAUGGUGAUAAAUGCUCAACAAUAAAUACGACACGACAACAACAACAUCAACAACAACCAACAACAGUUACACCGGUGAUAUAUGAACAAAAUUCUAAUUUAAUUGAUCCACAUGAAUUUGAUUUACAAUUAAAAGAAAUUGAAGAAUGUUCACAACAAUCAAUAUCAACAUUUUUUAUGUGUUUAAUUGGUCAUAAAUAUAGACCAAUUGCAUUACCAACAGUGAUUGCAUCGAAUGAUUUUCAACAAAUAUUUACAGCUGCUGCUGAAUCUGGUUUAGGUGAUGUUAAUCUAUUACGUUCUUGUUAUAAAGAGAAUCGUAAUCUACAACCAGAACCACAUUAUGUAUUGUUAGAACCACGUCGUGCAUCACGACAAUAUGAAGAAGAAUUAGAACAUAUUGCUAAAUUAGUUGAAUAUGGUUCAAAAGUUGCAGCACGUGAAGGAUUAUUAAGUAAUAAUUUUGGUAUUGUAAUGUCGGCCGUACAUCAACAAACAUUACAUGCAUUAUAUUGUGCACGACAAUAUCAAUUAGGUGGUUUAGUUACAUCACCAACAACUAUGAACAUUACAAAUCGUCAUCAUCAUCAUCAACAUCAUUAUCUACAGCAGCAACAACAAAUUCAUCCACUUAAAUCUCCACCACCACGAUUUCCAUCAUCAUCUUGUACAAAUAUGGCGAAGAAAAAAAUUCUUGGAUCAGGUAAACUUGGAUCAUUAUUAACUGGAACAUCUACCAAUGUAAAUAUUAAUAACGAUAAUAGUGAUCAACAACAACAACAACAACAAUCAUCAAUAGAAUCACCUAAAAUAAUAAAAAAACCAUCACCACCAUUAACACCAACAAGACAUCGUUUAUUACAUCAGGUAUCAUUACAACAAGGACCAACACAGAAAAAAAUUCAAAUGACACAUCGACAAACAUCAGUAUCAACAAAUUAUGAAUUAAUGCAACAACCAGUUGAUCGAAUGUUAUGUUUUAUACGUCAAUUAGAAGGUGUUAAUUUUAAUAAUGCAUCUGUAACAAGAUUUUUUGAUGUUACACCAACAACAAUGACAACAACAAACACAACAACAACAACAAUGACAACGUCUUCAAGUGAUGAAUCAAAACAACAACAACAACAACAGUCACUAAAUUCAUCGCUUCCAAUUCCAUCAAAUAAUCAACAACAAACACCGAUAAGACAAUUAUAUGCACCUACAGCACAAAAUGAUAUACAACAAUUAAUUGAAGAUGUAAUUCUAGGAUUGAAAAAAGGAAAUGUUCAUUAUUUUAAUAUAUCAUGGAGUCCACCACCAGAUAAUAGUAUACAAACAAGAACAUAUACAUUACCAGCUAAUUAUAUUGAACGUUUUGGUGAAGCAGUAUUACGUACACUUAAAACAUCUAUCGAUGAACAUUGGCAAGCAAUGCAACAAUCAAUUUUUGGUCCAAUUGCACCAGGUUCUUGUUUUGAAUAUCCCGGUGAUAUUGUACGUGAAGCACAUUCACAUUUAUCAAAUUUUCGUCGUGUAAUGCGAUCAUUAGGAAUGGCACAGGCUAUUAAUCAUUCAGAUUUAGGACAUCUUCUUCAUAUUCGAGAAUUAUUGAUUGCGGAUACACAUGGUGGUAGUGGUACAACUUGUGUUGGUUCAGCUAAUACAACAAGUUCCACAAAUACUGUUACUUCUAGUUCACGUUGUAUGGCGACCACAGGUCAUCAAAGUUUUCGUCAUCAGCCAAUUAUUGUUACCGGUCGUUCUGGAUCAGGUAAAUCAACAUUAUUAGCACAGGUAUUCACUUAUGCACCAGAUUGGUUAGCCGAAAAUUCUGAUCGUGAUCAAGUGAUUCGUAUUGUUCGUCAAUGUGGUCAAAGUCCAAGUUCAAAUUUUGCAUCCGAAUUGCUUCGUAGUCUUUGUAUACAAACAUCAGUUGCUUAUGGUCUUGAAUCUCAUCUAACACGUAGUGCAUCUGCACAUGAACUAUCCGAAUUGGCUAUUUGUUUUCAGGAAUUGAUUAGAUUUCGUAAUCCUAAUGAUUGUGAUCUAUUGAUCAUAUUGGAUGAUCUUCAUCAUCUACAAUCGGCAUUACAAUCUAGUGCAUUAUUAGGUUGGAUGCCAUGGCAUCUUCCAUCGAAUGUUCAUUUUAUUUGCUCCGUUGCAUUAGAAUCUGAAUCUGUUCUAAGCAUUUUACGAUCACGUAUAUCGGCCGAAAAUUUUAUUUGUCUUGAUAAUGAUCAUCGUAUUGAUUCAUCAAAACAUUGUCAAUCUAUUUAUUCAAUGGUACAAUCAAAAUUACGUGAUGAAAAACGUACAUUGACAUCCAUUCAAUGGGAUUUUGUUCGAAAAAAAAUAAAUAAUUCUGAUCUGAUGAACAAUAACAAUAAUCAACGUACUGAACAACAGCUAGAAGCUUUAGGUGAAAUGACACCAUUAUUUGCCAAUAUAUUAGCCACAGCUGUAUUAAGCAAUUGGGAAUCAUUCUAUACACCCGAAUAUUUACCAACAAAUGUUAAUGAAUUAGUUACGACAAUUCUUGAUGAUCUCGAAGAUUGUAUUCCAUAUCAAUUAGUACGACGUAUCUGUGCCUAUUUAACUUGUACAAAAUAUGGUCUAAGAGAAGUAGAACUAUUUCAAUUAGUACAGGAAACAUUAACAGUACAAAUAUGGCCAGCCAUUUAUCAACAACAAACAAUGAAAAUGCGAACAACAAUGGCUGCAUCAUCAACACAAACCACAACAACUGAUACAUGUGCUUCAAGUGAUACUACAACUACACCGGAUCCAUAUGAUCAACCACGAUCAACAUCUUCCACAUGGAUUAUUUUGAAAUCAAAAAUGCGUCAUUUACUUAAAGAAUAUUUUGUACAAGGACAAUUAUAUUAUCAAUGGCGUAGUUCAAAAGUAGCUAAAGCUGUACAGGAACGUUAUCUAACCGAAAUAAGACAGAUUAGAGCCAUCCAUCUAGAAUUGGCAACAGCAUUCUAUAAUUCAUUCAAUGAGCUUUAUUCUUCCGGAAAAGAAUCUGAAUCAGUUCGUGAAGCUGAUGAACUAUGGUAUCAUCUUCUUUAUUCUGGAAACAAAUCUGAACUUAAAACAAAAGCAUUAUUAAAUAUCCGUUUUUUAAACACUAUUGUACAAGGUGUUUCGGUUUGUUAUUUACGAUGUAUUCUGGAUGCUGUACGAUCACAGAUACUUGAUUGGGAUAUUGAACAAUUAUAUGCUAUGCUUAAACAAUCAGUUUAUGUUGUUACACAAGAACCUAAUCAAUUACCUGUAGAGGUAUUACUUUGGCUUGUACCAUUUGCAUCGAUGGGUCAUUCACAGCAACAAUUGUCGUUGACAAAUCUGAUUAAAACAACACCAGCUAAUUUGACAAAUUUCGAUAGUGUUAAUAAACAAAAAUCACAGAAUAAAUCACAUACAUUGCUUCAUCCUACAUCAUCACUGCCAACAUCAGUAUCUGCAUCAUCAUCACCUUUAUCAUCAUCAUCAACACCAUCUAGUCAUUUAGCUGAAUUUAUACGUCAAUGUUAUCGUACAUGUGUGGAAUCAACGGAUCGACCAUUAUUAUAUCCAUUGAACAUAUGGUUAAAUUUACCUAUACCACCUCAGGUUACAAUGAUUACAAGUCCAUGGCCAUCAAUCACACGAGCUGUAUCAACACCCGAUUCACAACAUUUAAUCGUAUGCGAACAAUGUUCAUUACAUUUUUAUCAUUUACCAACAAAAACUGUGGCACGAAGUCUGGAAGGUCAUAAAUCAACGAUAACUUGUUUACAUUUAUCCACAAGCGGUAAAUGGUUAGCAACUGGAUCGGAUGAUAGUUCCGUACAUUUAUGGUAUAUUGAUGCUGAACUAAUGGAAAUCAAUGAUUGCAGAUUACGACAUAGAUUCAUUCAUCAUAGUGCAAGCGUUUUAUGUAUUACCAUUAAUCAUAUGGAAACAUUAGUAAUCAGUGGAUCGGAAAAUGGUGCCAUUUGUGCCGUAAAUCUUCAUAAUGGUACAUUAAUCACACGACUUGAACAUCAUAAAUCGAUGGUCACCUGUAUUGGAAUCAAUUCCGGGGAUGAUGUUCUUGUUUCCGGUUCAACUGAUCGUACCGUUGUAGUCUGGAGUCUUGAUUCAUUCUGUAUAUUGAAUGAAAUAUUAUUAAUGCGUCCUGUUUUACAUAUGGAUAUUUCAUUGGAUUCAACAUUUUUAUUAUUAUCAUUAGAUGAUAAUAGUUUACAGAUAAGGGCAUUAACUACCGGAACAGGUGUUCAUACACUACAGCCAUCAUUAACAAAUACGGUAACAGCCGUCGUUAGUUAUGUUCGUUUUGCCGAAGAUAAUUGUCGUUGCGUGGUCGGUUAUGCUGAUGGUCGUCUUCUUUUAUUUGAUUUACAUUCAGCACGUCAAUUGCAAACAUUAAAUGGUCACAGUGAAAUGAUAUCGUCAAUAUUACCACAGAAAGAUGAUCAUUUUCUAUUCACUAGUGGUGGUAAUAAGAUAAUCAUUUGGAAUUUCUAUCCAGUUCGACGUGUAGAUCAUACAUCAUCAGCAUUGGCCGCUGAAGGUUUAGAUCGAUCAAUACAUGAAACUAAUCUAGUUGAAUCGAUGGCCAUUAGUCAGGGUUUAUUGUCAUCAUUAAAUGAUCCAUUCAUGGAUAAUCUAUCCGGUAAAGAUAUUGGCAAAGAUUCAAAAGAAUCGGGAACUUGCGGUAGUAGUGUUGGUGGCGGUAGUGGGAGUGGCAGAACUUCACGUUCAUCAUCUGAUCGUCGUAAACAUAAAACAUCCUCAUCAUCAUCUACACAUGGAUCAUUUAGAAAAAAAGUUUCCGUUUCAACUAUCGAUAAUCAUCGUGAACCAAUUACUUGUGUUUCAGUAGCCAGAGAUGGUCAAUACAUUGUAACCGGUGGUCGUGAUUGUUUAGUGAAAAUUUGGUUAAGUGCAACGGCUGAAACACAUACAACAUUGGAUGAAAGUUCAGCACCAAUAACCUCUGUUGAUAUUUCACCAAAUAGUCAAUUUAUUGUUGCCGGUGGUGAAGAUGGACAAAUUCGUGCUUGGUCAUUGACAUUAUCAAUGUAUUUAUCGAAAUUUGGUGAACAUGCACCAAAUGCAUUGGCUACGAUAAAAAUAUUAUCGGAUAAUAAACGUACAUUAUCAGCCGAUGUACAGAAUGUAAUCAGAUUAUGGCAAGUGGAUAAUGGUAUACUGAUUAAAGUAAUUCAACAUAAAUCUAUAAACGGAUUAUUUGUUCAUGGUGGAACGUGUUUUUCUAUUGGAGGCAAGAUUGACAAUUGUCUUAAAUAUUGGCAAAUAUUUGAACCUGAAAUAGAAAAAAGUGUAUCACAUAGUGAUACGAUUACAUGUUUUACUUGUACACAUUCGGGUAAAACAUUGAUAACCGGAUCACAGGAUAUGUCAUUAAAAGUUUGGGAAACAUCAACCGGAAAAUUAACACAGGUACUUGUCGGUCAUGAAGAAGCUAUAUCAUGUGUUGCAACGGCUGCAUUAGAUGAAAUGCUUGUUGUUUCUGGUGCACAAGAUUGUAAUCUAAUUGUAUGGGAUAUGAAUACUGGAACCGAUCUAUUUACAUUGACUGGUCAUAAUGCAAAUAUUUUAGGAGUUAUAUUAACACCGGAUGCAUCAAGAGCUUUAUCAUAUUCUGAAGAUAAUACAUUACAAUUAUGGGAUAUUCGAGAUAAUGGUGUUCGAUUAUCAAUGUUGGAUGUUCAUCAUAAUAUUUCGCAUGUAUAUUCAUCAUUAACCGUUACUUAUCUAGCCGUAUGGCUUGGAUCAAGUUCACAUAUUUUGCCCAUUAUAAAACAUCAUAAUAAUUCAUCACAACAUAUUACCGUAGAAUUACCGGCCGUUGGAACACCAGUAUCAUCAGCAGCUGAGGAAAAAUCUUCCGCAUGGUUACGAGGUUUAAUUGGACCAUCAUCACGAUCGAAUGCUUCAGUUUUAGCUUCCAGAACCUUAAAACGUGAACAAUCAUUUGAUUCAUUUUAUUUUGAACAUAUGUUACAUCGUGGUCAAAGUGUGGAUGAUUUUAGAAAAAUUGGUGCUGCAGGUUUAGGUGGUGUUGCUAGUUUAGCAUCACCAUUCGGAUCACGUGAACAAUUAUGGACAGGACACCAGGAUCAAGAUUCAAAUAGAACAAUUGAUCGUGUUGGUUCAACAACCAGAUCACGAAUGAUAUCAAAACUACGUAAUAUUGGACCAAAAAAUAAAAUGUUGAAAAAACAACAAAGUAUGUUUGCCUGUUUUCCUGAAUUUACUGGAAAAACAGUUACCGCUUCAGGACAAGGAUCUGUCCAGGAUUCUGGUUUAUCACAACAGGUUAAUGGUGCUAUUGGUAAAAAAUUAAUACCCGGAUCUAAGACGAAAAUCUUUCCCGUUAUCGGUUCGGAUCGAUCAUCCACAACAAUAGGAACAUCGACAACAACAACAACAACAACAACAUCAUCACGAACAGCAAUAGGAUCAAGAACUGGUUCACAGGAUAAAAAUGAUGAUGAUAUGGAUUCAAUGUUAAUGAUGAAAUCAAAUAUUGGCCAAAAUGAUCAAUUUAUUAAUUUGGUAAAAGAUUCUUCUAUUUGUCGAAUAAUUUGAUAAAUUGAAUAACAACGUUCAAAUUUCAAUAAAGCAAUAAAAAAACAUAUCGAUAAAAAAAAAUGAUUGCAAAAAACAUCAACAAAACAAGCAAUACACAAUCAUCAUCACACUAUUACCAACACUUCAUAUUUAUCUCUUUUCCUUUCUUUUUCAUUCGGUCAUUGAUCCAAAAAAAACAAAAACCAAUCCAAAAAUGCCUUAGAUACAAAAAUAAUAAUAAUAACUUUGAAAAACCUU